GCACGUGAUAAGGCCUAAGGGCUGCCCUCUGAAGGAAGCUCCAAAGAGAAAGCAAAGGGGAAGGAAGCACGCAGCGGUCUGCAGGUGUGCAGGCCGAGGCCAGGAGUGGCUGACACCCCGAUCCCCCACCUGCAGCCCCAACCCCUCGCAGGCCAGAGCUGCCGCAGCUAUGGCGGGGAUGAAGACAGCCAUGGGGGACUACAUUGACUCGUCCUGGGAGCUGCGGGUCUUUGUAGGAGAGGAGGACCCCGAGGCCGAGUCGGUCACCCUCCGGGUCACAGGGGAGUCGCACAUCGGUGGCGUGCUCCUGAAGAUCGUGGAGGAGAUUAAGCGCAAGCAGGACUGGUCAGACCAUGCCAUCUGGUGGGAACAGAAGAGACAAUGGCUGCUGCAGACCCACUGGACGCUGGACAAAUAUGGGAUCCUGGCCGAUGCCCGCCUCUUCUUCGGGCCUCAGCACCGGCCAGUCAUCCUGAGGCUGCCCAAUCGCCGGGCCCUGCGCCUCAGAGCCAGCUUCUCCCAACCCCUCUUCCAGGCCGUGGCUGCCAUCUGCCGGCUCCUCAGUAUCCGGCACCCAGAGGAGAUGUCUCUGCUCCGGGCUCCCGAGAAGAAGGAGAAGAAGAAGAAGGAAAAGGAGCCGGAGGAGGAGGUGUAUGAUUUGACCAAGGUCGUCUUGGCCGGGGGCAUAGCACCUGCGUUGUUCCGGGGGAUGCCAGCCCACUUCUCAGACAGUGCCCAGACGGAGGCCUGCUACCACAUGCUGAGCCGGCCGCAGCCACCGCCGGACCCCCUCCUGCUCCAGCGCCUGCCCCGGCCCAGCUCCCUCUUGGACAAGACCCAUCUCCACAGCAGGUGGCUGGACUCAUCGAGGUGCCUCAUGCAGCAGGGCAUCAAGGCUGGGGACACGCUCUGGCUGCGCUUCAAGUACUACAGCUUCUUUGACCUGGAUCCCAAGAUAGACCCAGUGCGGCUGACCCAGCUGUACGAGCAGGCUCGGUGGGACCUGCUGCUGGAGGAGAUUGACUGCACGGAGGAGGAGAUGAUGGUGUUUGCAGCCCUGCAGUACCACAUCAACAAGCUGUCCCAGAGCGGGGAGGUAGACGAGCCAGCCUGCACAGACCCAGGGCUGGACGACCUAGAUGCAGCCCUGAGCAACCUGGAGGUGAAGCUGGAGGGCUCGGCGCCCACAGAUGUGCUGGACAGCCUCACCACCAUCCCAGAACUCAAGGACCAUCUCCGGAUCUUCCGGCCCCGGAAGCUGACCCUGAAGGGGUACCGCCAGCAUUGGGUGGUGUUCAAGGAGACCACACUGUCCUACUACAAGAGCCAGGACGAGGCCCCAGGGGACCCCAUUCAGCAACUCAACCUCAAGGGAUGUGAGGUGGUCCCCGAUGUCAACGUCUCAGGCCAGAAGUUCUGCAUCAAACUCCUGGUGCCUUCACCUGAGGGCAUGAGUGAGAUCUACCUGCGGUGCCAGGAUGAGCAGCAGUAUGCCCGCUGGAUGGCCGGCUGCCGACUGGCCUCCAAGGGCCGCACCAUGGCAGACAGCAGCUACUCCAGCGAGGUGCAGGCCAUUCUGGCCUUCCUUAGCCUGCAGCGGACAGGCGGCGGGGGCUCGAGCAACCACCCCCAGGGCCCUGAUGCCUCCACUGAAGGCCUCAACCCCUAUGGCCUUGUCGCCCCCCGCUUCCAGCGGAAGUUCAAGGCCAAACAGCUCACUCCACGGAUCUUGGAAGCCCACCAGAACGUGGCUCAACUCUCGCUGUCAGAGGCCCAGCUGCGCUUCAUCCAGGCCUGGCAGUCCCUGCCUGACUUUGGCAUCUCUUAUGUCGUGGUCAGGUUCAAGGGCAGCAGGAAAGAUGAGAUCUUGGGCAUUGCCAACAACCGACUGAUCCGCAUUGACUUGGCCGUGGGUGAUGUGGUCAAGACCUGGCGCUUCAGCAACAUGCGCCAGUGGAAUGUCAACUGGGACAUCCGGCAGGUGGCCAUCGAGUUUGAUGAGCACAUCAACGUGGCUUUCAGCUGCGUGUCUGCCAGCUGCCGUAUUGUGCAUGAGUACAUUGGGGGCUACAUUUUCUUGUCAACGCGGGAGCGGGCCCGCGGGGAGGAGCUGGACGAGGACCUCUUCCUGCAGCUCACAGGAGGCCACGAGGCCUUCUGAGGCCUGUCUUAUUGCCCCCACCCCACUCACCACCUGCCACGACCGCUCCUAAACCCACACCCACUAGGACUCAGUGCCCCCACCCUCUCCAGAUAUGCACUGAGCUGGCACAUUCACCCACUGUCACUGGCUUUGUGCAGACCAAGGACCUGGCCGGGCCAGAUUCUGUCCUCCCCAGGCUAGGAAAGGUGGGCCCUGAGCUUGUCCAGCACCCGCCCUUCCCUUGUCUGAAAGGCCAAGACCAACACCCUUGCCCUAGCUGUACUUCCUGAGCACACAAGGAAGACCAGUUGCAGCUACAGGAUGAUGACUCAUGGUUUAAGAUUAGAGUUUCUUUUUUGUUACAUUUUUUUAUUUUUAAAAAAAUAAAUAUUUUAUUGUUGGGUCA